AUGUCAAACAACCCUGAGAGUACACCUGGUUCGUCGCUGCAGGCCAUAAAGGCGCAGCAUAAGGCUCGUGAAGAAGACGAGAAGAUUCGUUUGAAGCGCGUGAAGGGUGCCAUAGUACUAGUGCUGCAAUUUCUGUUUGAUCGGGGUUAUACAGGGGCACUGCAGAUGCUGCAGCAGGAAAGUCAUGUAUCUCUGCAACAAGUUUGUCCUGCAGAUAAUAUAGAUCUUCUCACCAUCAUCACAGAGUAUGAGCAUUACUUUGAGUUUCGGUUUAAUCGUCGCGUGAAGCUAUUUCGGGCUGUAGAAGGUGCACAAGACGUCUUGACAGAACCCUACAAGGGAGAGUGCAUGGCGGUGCGCUGCCGCCGCACUGCCUCCUCAGGCACACCUCAAAUGCAAUCUGCAGCAAGUGUGAACCCUGACAAGGUGAAUUAUACCACUGUAACAGAGUUAGGGAACGCACCGCCAAGUGGGGUGCAGGAGACGCAACGUUCUACAGGAAAACCACCUACAAUUGCCAGAGGCUUGGCACUCGCUUCAAAGUCAUGCCCAUCACAUUCCCCACAGCCUUCGCGGGGAAACAAUCAAAAGAAAUUGGCAUGGAACGCAAAUGGAAAUAUAGCCGUGGAAGGAACACGCGUUGAUGUUGUGCACGAUUCUCAAGGCAAGAGCCUUUUGAGUGACGCUGACGAAGAUGUAUUCUUUGGUCGUGCGUUAAAGCCACUUCCCACUUUUUUUACUGGGGAACAGCAGGAAUUGGCUAUGACCAUUCAGAGAGACAUCCUAGACGUAAACCCCAACGUUCGUUGGAGUGAUAUAGCAGAGUUAGAUCAGGCGAAACUGUUACUAAAGGAGGCGGUAGUUAUGCCUGUCAGGUAUCCAGAGUUGUUUUCAGGCAUCGUACGACCUUGGAAAGGCAUUCUCCUCUUUGGUCCACCUGGUACCGGCAAAACACUUCUUGCGAAAGCUGUAGCCACCGAGUGCCGUACAACAUUUUUUUAA